CAUAUGGGAGCCAGAACCUGAAGUACGUGGGCGUGAUCCUACAGCGGAGUGCACUCAUUCUGCUCCUCUGCUGCUUCCCCUGCUGGGCGCUGUUUCUCAACACCCAGCACAUCCUGCUGCUCUUCAGACAAAACCCGAAUGUGUCCAGGCUUACCCAGACCUAUGUCACGAUCUUCAUUCCAGCUCUUCCUGCAACCUUUCUUUAUAUGCUACAAGUUAAAUAUUUGCUCAACCAGGGAAUUCUACUGCCCCAGAUCGUAACUGGAGUUGCAGCCAACCUUGUCAAUGCCCUCGCCAACUAUCUGUUUCUCCAUCAGCUGCAUCUUGGGAUGAUAGGCUCUGCAGUGGCAAAUUUGAUUUCCCAGUACACCCUGGCUCUACUCCUCUUUUUCUACAUCCUUGGGAAAAAACUGCAUCAAGCUACAUGGGGAGGUUGGUCCCUCGAGUGCCUGCAGGACUGGGCCUCCUUCCUCCGCCUGGCCGUCCCCAGCAUGCUCAUGCUAUGCAUGGAGUGGUGGGCCUAUGAGGUCGGGAGCUUCCUCAGCGGCAUCCUUGGCAUGGUGGAGCUGGGCGCUCAGUCCAUCGUGUAUGAACUGGCCAUCGUUGUGUACAUGGUCCCUGCAGGCUUCAGCGUGGCUGCCAGUGUCCGGGUAGGAAACGCUCUGGGUGCUGGAGACAUGGAGCAGGCACGGAAGUCCUCCACCGUUUCCCUACUAAUCACAGUGCUCUUUGCUGUAGCCUUCAGUGUCCUGCUGUUAAGCUGUAAGGAUCAUGUGGGGUACAUUUUCACUACCGACCGAGACGUCAUUAAUCUGGUGGCUCAGGUGGUUCCAAUUUAUGCUGUUUCCCACCUCUUUGAAGCUCUUGCUUGCACGAGCAGUGGUGUUCUGAGGGGGAGCGGAAAUCAGAAGGUUGGAGCCAUUGUGAAUACCAUUGGGUACUACAUGGUUGGCCUCCCCAUUGGGAUCACGCUGAUGUUCGCAACCAAACUUGGAGUGAUGGGUCUGUGGUCAGGGAUCAUCAUCUGUACAGUCUUUCAAGCUGUGUGUUUUCUAGGCUUUAUUAUUCAGCUAAAUUGGAAAAAAGCGUGUCAGCAGGCUCAGGUACACGCCAAUUUGAAAGCAGAUGUGGCUCGGAGUGGGAAUUCCGCUCUCCCUCAGGACCCAUUUCACCCAGGGUGCCCUGAAAACCAAGAAGGAAUUUUAAUGAACGAUGUUGGAAAGACGGGCGAGACUCAGUUGGAUCAGCAGAUGCGCCAAGAAGAACCUUUGCCAGAACAUCCACAGGACAGUGCUAAGUUGUCCAGGACACAGCUGGUGCUGCGGCGAGGGCUUCUGCUCCUGGGGGCCUUCUUAAUCCUGCUGGUGGGGAUUUUAGUGAGAUUCUAUGUCAGAAUUCAGUGACGUGGCAGGAAAGAAAGUCAGGUCAAGUGAUGCUUUUUGAGCUUACACACAAUUCACAGGCCCACCAGUGACAAUUUACUUUGAGUUAAUGUCAUUCAGGUGUGCCCAUGGAUUCUGAAGGUUGGGAAUGCAAAGAUACAUUUCUCUAAAAAAAGAAAACGCAACUAAGGUUAAAAGCUAUAUUGUGGCCCCAGACACUGUCUGAAAGAUGACAUGAGUAAUAUAAUUCACCACUCUCUGAACCAAGGACCAUUGGCCAAUGGCUUUGCUAUUUUUUUAGACACAAACCCAUAAACUCAGUGCUUAAGAAUUCAUACUGCCUGAAUUAUGUAAAAUAUAUUUUACAAUAUGUCUUUCCUUGGGCCUUAGAUUACUAUUCACUGGACAAAUGGUAUUUGUUUUUAAUUUUUUUUUUUUUAAUAGACGGAAGUCUUGCUCUGUCACGCAGGCUGGAGUACAGUGGUGCGAUCAUAGCUCACUGCAGCCUCAAACUCCUGGGCUUCAAGCAAUCCUCUUCUGUCAACCACCAGAGUAGCUGAGACUUCAGGGGUGUGCCACCAUGCCCAGCUGGCAUUUGUUAAUCUUCAUUUGAGGUCUAGAUCUAGGCACUGUGGGCACUGAAAAACAGUCGGGAAAUCUUCGGAGCUGUGGAAAUCCAAACAAGGACUGAUAAUUCCUGGUAGGGGUGUGUGCGUGACCUACUGCAGCCUCAACCUCCUGGGCUCAAGUGAUCCUCGCAUCUCAGGCUGGUCUCUAACUCCCGACCUCAGGUGAUCUGCCUGCCUCAGCCUCCCAAACUGCUGGGAUUACAGGCAAGAGCCAUCAUGCCUGUAACCCUGUGAAUUUUAAUGGAGAGGGCUUCCCUGUGAAGUUUAAUGGAGAGGGCUACCUCUCCUGA